AUGUGCUGUGGCGGAAAAGUGGUUUUUGGUGAUAGGGCUGGCUGCAAAAGGGAGGUGGGGGUUCACCAUGCCGUUAGGUUGGCCUCAUCUGGAAGCGACAGCGUCGUCACUCUUCUUCGUGGCGUGAUGGCGACGGAAUGGGGAGGGGUGAACAAGGGAUAUUUGACGGCGGCGGGCCAGGCGAGCUGUCGCACCCGGGGGGAUGACACCGUGUUGAUUGCAACACUUGCAUGUGUUGCAGGCGCACUUUUGGCGCGUGGCCGGUGGGAGUCGGCGCUGCGCAUCAUUCCGCCGGGGGUGACGCACCUUCCUGCCGCUCCUUCGACUCGCACAGCUGAAGGCGCUGCAGUGCAGCUGUGA